CUUUUCACAAUCAUAGUCCCGAAAUCGCCGUCUUCUACGUCGUCGUCUAGAGAAUCUCCGCCUCCGAAGUCUUUUGGAAGCCGUUUGAGGAGAGGAGGGAGAGAGUCUUCGUCAUCUUCGUCGUCGUUUUGAUCCUUCUUGUUGUCGUUUCCAGAUCCUCCUUUAUAGAGCAUUGUAGCGUACAUAUCGCUGUUGCUGUCAUCGUCGAGUUGUUGAGGUUUGGUAUCGGAUUCGGGUUCGGGACUUGAAUCGUGAAUUACGAAUGUGGAGUAUAUGUCUGAUUUCUUUGGGGUUUUUCUGGCGCGAAUGGUCCGGCGACCGGACGGCGGUAAAUUGGAGAUUAGGUGAAAUGAUAGAGGGAGGUGCAAGAAUCAGGCUAAACAGGUGGCAACAAGCAGUAGUUGCAGUGGGUUCAGCACUGGGUGCAUUGCUAGACCCAAGAAGAGCAGAUUUGAUAGCAGCUCUUGGAGAAACAACUGGGAAACCUGCCUUUGAGAGGGUUCUUCAGAGAAUGAAAAGUUCCCCUGAAGGCAAAGCGGUACUCUUGGACAGACCACGUGUUGUAUCUGCAAAUGUAGGACAUGCAUGGGAUUUACCAGCUAACACAUUUGGUGCUGCCUACGCUAGAUUCAUGGGAUCCAGGAACUUUUCCCCGGAUGACCGUCCACCAGUGCGCUUCAUGGACACAGAUGAAUUGGCAUUUGUAACCAUGCGGGCUCGUGAAGUGCAUGAUUUCUGGCACACCUUAUUCGACCUCCCCACCAACCUAAUUGGUGAGUCAGCCCUGAAGGUGAUAGAGUUUGAGCAAAUGUACCUUCCUAUGUGUAUAAUGUCUGUGGUAGGAGGCACAACAAGAUUUAACGAGAAGCAGAGAAAAUUGUUCUUACAGCAUUAUUUCCCAUGGGCAGUUCGAGCUGGAAUGCAGUGCACAGAUCUUAUGUGUGUAUAUUAUGAGAAGCACUUCCAUGAGGAUUUAGAUGAUGUCCGAAGGAAAUUGGGCAUUAUUCCUGCUCCUGCUGUUCCUAAACAAAAUGCAGCUUGAUUAGCAGUAGUCUAUUGGCUGGCUGAAGGGAGGUUGUGCCUCAUUUUGAGGAUUUACCUUACUAUGUUAUUCUGUUUGAAAUAUGUACAGACAGUUCUAUUUGCAAACAUCAAACAAGUAUCUUCAUUGGCAUA